CAAAAGCCUGACAUGAUACAAUCCAAAAUCCCCAAUUCGUGAAACCCUAGUUUGAUAAACCCUGAUCCGCUAGGGCGGGACACAGCCAUGUCGACGUCGGGGCACCAGCAGUUUCGUUACACGCAGACACCUUCGAAGGUGUUGCACCUGCGGAAUCUUCCUUGGGAAUGCAACGAGGAGGAGCUUGUCGAGUUAUGCAAACCCUUCGGCAAAAUCGUAAACACCAAAUGCAACGUUGGGGCUAAUCGAAAUCAAGCGUUUGUCGAAUUUGUUGACCUUAACCAGGCUGUGAACAUGGUCGCCUAUUAUGCUUCAUCUCCAGAGCCUGCACAGAUUCGUGGAAAAGCUGUGUACAUACAAUACUCAAACAGGCACGAAAUAGUUAACAACAAGAGUCCCGGAGAUGUUCCAGGAAAUGUUCUACUUGCCACCAUUGAGGGUGUUGAAGCCGGUGACAUCAGCAUUGAGGUUAUUCACCUGGAUGUGGGUCAACUUGCAACUUUUGGUCAUAGUCUAUGGUCUUUUUAUAGUCUUUUGUUGGAGAUAAUCUGGAUAUAUUGUUAUGUGACUGCUUUGAAGGUCUACCUUCUCGCAGUUGUACAGGUAUUCUCAGCAUUUGGUUUUGUUCAUAAGAUUGCUACAUUUGAGAAGGCUGCCGGUUUUCAGGCUUUGAUUCAGUAUAGUGAUGUUCAGACUGCAACCACAGCAAGGGAUUCUCUAGAUGGUAGAAGCAUACCGAGAUACCUUCUUCCAAGUCAUGUAAACGAGUGUUACUUACGCAUCUCCUACUCUGCUCACACCGAUUUGAGUAUUAAGUUUCAGUCACAUCGGAGCAGAACUUUUUGGCAUAAUUUGAUUUCUCGUUUUUGUCAUUUAGGGUUUAGUGAAGCUCAGCAGCUUAACACAAAUCCUGCUCUAGGUCCUGAUGGGAAGAAAAAGGAAUUAGAGAGUAAUGUGCUUCUUGCUUCUAUGGAGAAUAUGCAAUACACAGUCACGGUGGAUGUUCUUCACACGGUAUUUUCUGCGUUUGGAACUGUUCAAAAGAUUGCAAUAUUUGAGAAGAAUGGUGGAACUCAGGCACUUAUUCAGUAUCCAGAUAUGGCAACUGCAUCCAUCGCCAAAGAAGCUCUUGAGGGUCAUUGCAUAUAUGAUGGUGGCUAUUGUAAGCUUCAUCUAUCAUUCUCUCGUCAUACUGAUCUCAAUGUCAAGGCUUACAGUGACAAAAGCAGAGAUUACACGAUCCCUUUAUCACUCGCUAUGCAACAGCCUGUAGACCCAUCUGCCCCAACAACAGGGCCCUCUUAUGUGUCGUCACAGGCAUAUCCUUUGGCCCCAAAUGCUUAUGCAGCUGCUCCUUUCAACUCAACGGGGGUUCAUCACUUGCAACCACCGUAUUACGGCUCGUGAGUUUUACUUUUACCUCUUGUGAAAAAAUUUCACCAUUUUUCGUUGAAAAUCAGAAAAUGAAAGUUCAUUUAAGCUUUCUGUUGAGAAAAACUACUACGCGUAAUCUUGUGGGGUUUUAUACUUUGUAAAUCACCACAACACCCAGAAACACAUACACACUGAUUUUUAAUACAAUGGUUCCCUCGGGUGGACCAACCAUUCACUUGAGUUUUCAUGUUCGUGCAAUUUAUGUUCCUGUACAAUCCCCCUUAUAUAUUAAUUGAGAACGUGCUGAGCCUAUGUGGCAGGCUCGUAUGCUUCGG